ACUAAUGAUACGGAAAUCACCACAUCACUGGCCAUCUCCAGAAUGUUAAACAAGCAACUAUUUCCUUUCCUUUUCAUUUGCAUCGUGGCCACAGCCACCAACACAGCAGCAGCUACAGCUGCCGAUGAAACGGUCACGUGCAACACAGUGUAUGAUAGCCUGGAACCAUGUCUUGGCUACGUGUUAGGUGGCGCAAGUGUGCCGCCAGAAUGCUGCAGUGGACUUAAAUCUCUCCUCGGUGCUGCACGGACCCGCACAGACCGCCAGAGCGCUUGCCAAUGCGUGAAGAGCGUGGCAUCAAGCGCUACCGGAGAUCAAAUCAGCCGUGCUGCUAGUAUCCCUGGAAUAUGUAAGGCCAAGCUUCCUUUCAAGAUUAGUGCAAAUGUUGAUUGCUCAAAGAUCAAGUAAGAGACUCUUUGUGAGUGGAAUAAUGUUGAAUUCGAUAGAUCUAGCCGUUGUGUUUACCUGUUUUGUCAAGAGUUACUCAGUGGCAGUUGUACAAUGAAAUUAUGUUUGCGUUAGUGAGAGUGGGAUCGUUGAUGUCCCCUUAUUUCCGAGACGCUAUUAAUGUCCUAUAUUAUUUUCUUAUAGCUAGCACACUGUAAUGUUGCUUCUUUCGAUGAUUUGUAGAAUUAAUUAAACUCGAGUAAUCUCACAUUUUGCAGAACUUUGAUA